AUGCUUCGAUCACUGGUAACUGGAAUAUCAUCAAGUCCAGCGCCAGAAUGGGCAGCAAAUCGGCUUCUCGUCGCCACUUGCAUUUCUAACACACAGCAAAGAGGACGAAGGCGAACAUUGACACCUGUUCCAUGGUUGCCGCCAAUUAAUGAACCAGCGCAUAGUAAUUCGGUACCAUUGAAUGAUACAACAAAGUGAGUUUUGUCCAGAUUACGAAACACGUCUGGACAAGAGGGAAUUUGUUUAAAUAAUGAACCUUGCAAUUUGAAAAACAACUAGUUCACGUUAUAAAAAUGACAUUUUCAUAUUUUUUGAGCAGGGGAAUUGAAAUCUUAGUUUUUAUCGGGCUCCCUUGUCCAGAGUUACUUCCAUAAAAAUAUUCAAUAAAUUAUUUCAGGAAACUUCUCGAAAAAGUAAUUGAAAGAGAAGGAACGAGAUUUGGAGAGGAAUUAGAUAAUUCAAAAGCGGCGAUAACUGAUAUUGGAGAAUCAACAAGACGUGUUGGAUUAGUUGUAAGAAAAAUUGGAAUGUUGCCACAAUGGACGACUAAUGGAACAAGGAUAUUAUGCACAGUUUUAGAAGUUGUUGAAAAUAAUGUUGUUAGUGUAACAUCACCAGAAGAUUGGUAUAAAAUGAGUGCGAUUGGAAAACGAAAAGCAUUUAAUCGAAAUGGACCAAUGUGGAAAGUUACAGUUGGUUCAAUUAAUGAUGAUCCAACAAAAUAUUCAGUUGGAUAUCGGCGACAAUUUAAUCGAGCUGGAAUUCCGAUCAAACAAAAACUUGGAUGCUUUUUGGUAACUGAAGAUGCUCUUCCACAAACCGGUCAAUCUCUCGAUGCUCGUCAUUUUGUUGUCGGACAAUAUAUCACAGCAACUGGAAAAACUAUUGAUUGGGGAUUUCAAGGAGGAAUGCAUCGAUGGGGAAUGCGUGGACAACCGACGAGACGAACCACUAAAUCGCAUAGACGUAUUGGAUCUGUUGGAUCGGUUGGAGAUGCGCGAAUUUGGCCAGGAAAACGUAUGCCGGGACAUAUGGGUUAUGAAUGGGUGACUGUUAGUGGACUUGAGGUUAUUCGAAUCAAUAAUGAUAAACAAGUGAUUUAUGUGAAAGGAUCUGUUCCGGGAGAUAUUGGAGAAACUAUUUUGUUGAAGGAUUGUGUGCAAGAAGAAAAGAAACUUAAGGUAACUUAUUAUUUUUGGAAUUUGGCGGUGGAAAUUCAGUUUUGAGCUCUAAAAAUUCACGUGGAAAUUAUAAAAAUGAGAUUUUGGUGUAAAAAAUUAGUUUGAUUAUUUUUCAGAAAGGACCACUUCCAACAUGGAUUCCAAGUUUAGAAACAAUUUCCGAAGAAAGCGAAGAAGAAGCUGCAGCUGAAGGAACAAUUCCCAAAGAACUAUUACACAAUGAAACAUUUUCACCAAAAAUUUUCCGAUUCACAUCUCCUUCAAUUGUUUUCACAGAUGCUGAUGCUAAACGAGCCGCCGGAAGAGAUAAAACAAAGGCGAAGAUUGCCAAAGUCAAAAAAUAG